CCACAACAACCCCAGCCUAAAGAAUCACUCCUGGAUAAGAUCAAAUCAAACACUCCCAAGAUCUUUAUAUCAAAUUCAACAAAUCCAUUUAUGAACCUAGCACUAGAAGACUAUAUAUUCCAACAUACACCAAUAUCUAAACCAUUCACUGCACAGAGACUAAUCUUUUAUACAAAUUCACCAUGUGUUGUCAUUGGUAAGAACCAAAACCCAUGGAGAGAGACCAAUUUCCCAUUAUUAAACAGUUUACAAAUCCCUUUAUUAAGAAGAAGAUCCGGUGGAGGUACUGUUGUUCAUGAUUUGGGGAAUGUUAACUAUAGUUAUAUAACCACUCGUGACAUGUUUUCGAGAAGUUAUUUUGGGAAGUUGAUUGUUGAUGUUAUUAAUGAAUCGAUGGGGUUGGAUAAAAUAAAACAAAAUGAGAGAGGAGAUAUCGUCACGAUGAAUAAUGAUAAAUUAAGUGGGAGUGCUUUCAAGAUAUCGAGAGGGAAAAGUUAUCAUCAUGGUACAAUGCUGUUGAAUUCGAAUUUGGAUGUUUUGAAAAAAUUGUUGAAUAAAAAAGAGAGGGAAAAUGUUAUGGAAUUUGAAUGUAAUGCUGUGGAUAGUGUUUCUUCGCCAGUGUCAAAUCUUGGAUUGGAGAAUGAGAAAUUUAUAGAGUUGGUUCAAGAUGGGUUUAAGAAAGUUUAUGGUUCAGAUGUUGAAGUUGUUGAAAUUAAUGAUGAUGAUGAAGGUUUUAAUAAUAACGAAAUUGCCAACAUUGGUAAAGAGUUACAUGAUUGGAAAUGGAGAUUUGGUGGCACUCCACCUUUCGAAAUGAGAUUACACAAUGAAGAGUUCAAUAUUGAUGUGUCUUUUAAAGUGGAAAAGGGUUAUGCGAAAAAAAUUGAUGUAAUUACUAGUGAUGAUGAUUUAAAGAAAUCUUUCCAAUACUUGGUACAAGUGGUUGAAGAUGGUGAACCAGUCAAAUUUAAAGGUUCUGAUAUUGCAGGCUUCAUACUUCAUGACGAAUUAUCUGAAUGGAUUGGUAAUCAAAUAGAUGGUACA